AUGACAUACAUAAGAAUCGGUUGUUAUAAGGACUCUAACGGAUUUGUGGCCUGUAACGUCAACCAAACCUGUGUCUACGAAGGGUGUAACACCGGUUUCCUUGGUCCCAAAUGCACUCCAUGUCAAUCAUCAAUUCCGCAUUGUGACGACUGUCGUGCAGUGGCUGGAUCUUCCAAGGUGGAAUGUUUAAUUUGUGCCACGGGAUAUAACCGUACAACAGACGCGACACAGUGCUGUAGCAACGCAGGAUGCGAUGUGUGCACUGGGACAGAUAAUGCCGCUUGCUCUGUCUGUAAGCCAGGUUGGUUUCUCUACCAGAACACAUGUGACCAGUGUGGCACCACUUGUGUAUCACCACCCAAUGGAACGGCGAGAUGUGACCCGGUUACAGGAAGUUGUUACUAUGGAUGUCAACCAAACUACCACGGCAGCAAGUGUCAACGACUCUGCAACCUUGCUAACUGCAACACCUGUAGCUACAACGAGCCCUCUGACAAUCUGACAUGCGCUGUCUGUGUUGCUGGAAGAUACGGCCCCUACUGCACACCAUGCAACAGUAACUGUCUGAAAGACACCGGAGACAUCUGCAUUCACAAUGGUACAUGCUUAGACGGAUGCAGACCCGGUUACCGGGGUGAUAAAUGUGAUGUUUCAUGUGCGGCUUCAGUCGAUCUGGCAAACUGUGCCGUGUGUGACAGAUACCAAUUUUCAUGCACUGUUUGCAAGCCCGGGUUUUGGGGUCCCAAAUGUCAAUCCACGUGCGGCGUCAACUGUGUGGAGUUCGGUGGUGCAAGAUACUGCAAUAUAUCGGACGGCACAUGCAGAGACGGUUGUAUGCCUACCUACUUCAAGCAUGACUGCAGUGGCUCAUGUCCUAACUGUGCAAACAACGUUUGUCAUAGAACCACUGGUACCUGUUUGGACCCCAUCUGUGACAGCGGCUUUUUCGGAGAGACCUGUAACCAGUCCUGUCCUGCUAACUGCGGUUUGGAUCCAAAUGGCAUCGCUUACUGUGACUUCACUCUCGGAGAUUGCACGUAUGGCUGCCGGGACGGCUACUUUGGAGCGAAAUGCACACUCGGAUGUUCCCAGUUCUGUAAAAGAAGCCCCGCUAAUACAGAAAUAGGUCCCCUCUGCAAACAAGCCACUGGAAAUUGCCUGUACGCUUGUGAGCCUGGCUUCUACACGCCGACAUGCGGCGCGGUCUGUCGGUCAACAUGUGUCGACAAAACAUGUGACAUCAACUCUGGAACGUGUGCGGAAUGUGAUAAGGGCAUAAACGCGGGUGUGCUGUGUCCAACCGGAACGUGCAAUGUUGGUAAAUUUGGGACAUUCUGUAACGAAGACUGUCUCGGCGGCGUUCAAUGUAGGAAUCUAACCUGCAACCGCUACACCAGCACCUGCAUUGGGUGCGUUGUGUUCAGAUGGGGCGACAUUUGUAACCGCACGUGCCCCAACUGCGUAAACGGACUGUGUGAACAGAGUACCGGAUUCUGUCAGCUAGGAUGCGUCAAUGGUUACUAUGGCGACAAUUGUAACUACAAAUGUGGCGACCGAUGCACGGUGUGCAACCGAGUGAAUGGGACCUGCGAGGUUUGCAACGUUAGUACAUUCGGUGACACGUGUCAGCGUAACUGUAGCGACAACUGUGUUUCUGACCCUGGGCAGAGUUUCAUCACGUGCGCGAAAGAGAACGGUGACUGCACGAGCGGCGUGUGUAAGCCCGGGUUCUUUUCCCCACACUGUGCCCUAACAUGCAGUCCAACAUGUGCGGAGAGAGGCCCCGACGUGCAAGUGUGUAAAAUAGACACCGGGGACUGCCUGUAUGGAUGUGACGACGGAUUCUAUAAUCCCACGUGCGCGCAUCCGUGCAGUAAUACGUGCAGGAAUAAACGAUGCGUGAACGCCGGGAACAACUGCGUGGAUGGGUGUGUCGCUGAAUACUACAACUUUCCGACCUGUGACAAGGCUUGUAAUUCAAAUUGUGUCAACUCCACGUGCGAUGACAUAGGUGGCGCCUGUAGUUACAAAUGUCGCGUCGGUUACUAUGGAAACCAAUGCCAGUUGACGUGUCUCUUGAACAACACGUGCGUUAACAACACGUGCGACAGAACGCUUGGGUAUUGCAGAGAAUGCGACCUCCCUAAACCCGGAUUCCAGUGCAGAGAGGCUGCAUGUGAUGUCGGUUUCUAUGGUAACUUCUGUGCCACGCCCUGCCCAGGGGGUAGCAACUGCUCAGGAAGCACAUGUGAGCGAUACACGGCGAGGUGCAAAGGGUGUAUCAGCGGCCGUUAUGGCGACUACUCUUGUCCCGCCGGACUGACCGGAACCUUCUGUAACGUAUCAUGCAGCAGCAGUUUCUGCGCCGAAAAUAAAUGCGGCCGCUAUACCGGAACCUGCAUCGGUUGUCUCGUCGGUCGCUAUGGCGACCAGUGUGAAAGGCAAUGUGACACCUGUCUGGCGGGAACCAAGUUUCAACAGGUUGACGGACGGUGUGAUGAUGAAUGCAUGCCGGGAUAUUACGGCUCCUUUUGCCGACAGAGCUGUACCACGUGUAUCACGUGCACAAAGUCGACCGGUCUAUGUACAACGUGCACCCGCGGGCAAUACGGAGAGUUGUGCCAGUACAACUGCAGUCGCGCAUGCGUGCCGGUAGGGAGCAUCAUUUCCUGUAACAUCGUAACGGCCGACUGCGCGUCCCGUCAGUGUACGGCCGGUUACUGGGACACGGACUGUUUUUCGUUCUGUAACCCGAAUUGCGGCAGAAGUAACACGACGGGUCUGGUUUCGUGUGACUUCCUAACUGGUCGGUGUAGCUCGGAGUGCGUUUCCGGUUGGUACGGGAGCCACUGUGACAGGAAGUGUGAAUCUCUUUGUUAUGACGGCAGUUGUGACCGGAACCAGGGCGUCUGUGUGGAAUGUCUGAAGCCAAACCCUGACUUCAACUGCCCCUCCGGACUUUGCACAGAGGGCUACUACGGCCAGAGCUGUCAGACCCUCUGCUCCAGGAGCUGCGUACGCACGUGUGACCGGUACACCGCCAAGUGUGCCAACUGCAGGGACGGGCUUCAGUCUAGCGGGCAGUGUAACGAAUGUGCUGCAGGCGAAUGGGCGCUAAGCUGCUCCGCGGAUUGUGGACGAUGUUCGCCGGAAGCGUUUGGUAUCGUCCGAUGUGACAUAAACACCGGGAUCUGCAGCACUGACUCCUGCGUACCGGGUUACCAUGGAAACAGGUGUCAGAACACGUGCGGCUUUACCUGCAAGGAUUCCACUUCCGGUGUUAACGAAUGCAACCGGAACACGGGGAUUUGCACGAACGGUUGCGAUAUCGGGUACUACGACGUCUACUGUGACAAGAAUUGUAGCGACAGAUGUAGAAACAGAGACUGCGCGACGACCGCCAACGAUUGCCGCCAGGAAUGCGCGUACGGUUACUAUGGCGUCGGCUGCCUGACGGCCUGUCCGUCAAACUGUGUGGGUUGGGAUUGUGACGGGAACACAGGCGCUUGUAAUAUCGCAUGCGCGGACGGUUUUUAUGUCGCGCAAUGCACGAAUCCGUGUAUAACCACGUGCAUUGACGGUAAAUGCGACAAAAAUACGGGCUUUUGUUUAGAAUGUUCGCAGUCAACGCCCAGGCAGUCGUGGUACUGUCGGACAUCAGCUUGCCCAACUGGUACAUAUGGACUUUUCUGUAACCAGUCGUGUGCUGCCGGAUGUGCGGGCACUUGUGACAGAUACUCCUCUGUUUGCACCGGAUGUGACGAUGGAUUGUACGGACCACAGUGUUCGCUGAUCUGCGGAAAAUGUUCUCCAAUUAGAUGUGACCAAAACACAGGCUCGUGCAGCGUCUGUCAGAACGGUUACUACGCCGGCGGAUGCAACACCCCGUGCCUGUUCGCGAACUGUGACACUUGCAACAAAGACAGCGGCCAGUGCAGUACGUGCAAGACUGGUUUCUACGGAACCCGGUGUGACCUGAGUUGUAGCCCUAACUGCGCCGCUAACAUCAACGGUGUGAUAUCGUGCAGUAAAGAUCUCGGGCUCUGUGAUGAGCAGAGAUGCAGGCCGGGAUACUGGGACACCACGUGCACUAUUCAGUGCAGCGCCACCUGUCUAAGGGACAGCGCCGGUAACCGGAUAUGCCAGUUCAGCAACGGCACUUGUAUCGUGGGAUGUGAGGAUACCUACUUCGGGUCGGAGUGCGGUCAGAGCUGCAGCGCCACCUGUGUAGCCAGACAGUGCGGUCGCACAGGUGUGUGCUCCGCCCAGGGUUGUGUAACGGGUCGCUAUGGUGACAGGUGCGAGUUCUCAUGUUUGGACACGUGCAACGACAACACGUGCGGCAGGACUUCCGGUGUAUGUGAUGAAUGCAACAAACUUCCACAGCUGCAGAGCGCGUUAUGCAGAACGGCAGCCUGCUCACCCAGGAACCAAUGGGGU